CAACCCGACCCCAAAAUAAUGAACUACAAUUAGUGAGUAUCUUCAAUUCCCCUGCUAGGUUGUGAUAUACACGACCAGAUCCAUCCAAAAAUCUCAAAACUGCCAACCUACUCCCAGCGCCGUUUGCCCCAGCCCAUCCCCCCUCCUUUUGCUUCGAGCGACGGCACAUUGCCGGACCACAAGCGAAGCCCUCCGGCAGCAUUCUUCUGAGUUAUCAUUAUCAGAAGAAAACACAGCACGAAGCAUCUCCAUCCCACCUGUGCUGCGCUCCGUACUCCAUUCCUCUUUCCUCCGCACUGCAGCCCGCGACGGCCCAACAAAGCUUAGUCUCGAGCCCACCAUCCUGGGAGUACCAUGUGAAGUGUGAACCCCUAAUUCCCAAAACGCCCCUACUCUCUCUCGGGCCCCUAACACUUCCCUUCCCUUUUUCCCUCGUCCCCGUUGCCCGCCUUUUCCCCGCUUCCGUCGACGGGAGGGGGCGGUGGCGGCGCUCGCUAGCGCCGCCGGCGCAUGCAGAGAGCUUCUCUCUGAAAAUUCGGCUUUUUGAAGCCUUCUCCUUUAAGCCAUUGGCGGUCGCGGGAUUGCGUGCACCUCCUCCGAUCACUUUUACCGAGUUCUCUUCUGCUGAAGCGAUCAUCGAAGAAGACCGAAUAGAAUUCUCGAACCCCUUUUUUUUCUUCCUUUCUAAUAGCCGGAGAGGAUCUGUAUUUAGGGUUUUUCUUUAAAAAAUUAAUUCCCCCUUUCCUGGUUGGUUUGUGUGUGGUCGUUGACGCGGCCGGUGAUGUCGGACGACAUAGUGAUGCAUCUGUCGUCGAAUUCGAACCCUUCGAACCCAUCGCUGCCGUCCAAGCUGGCGAAGCUGGAGGCUCGAAUGGCCGGGAAGAGCUCCUCUCUUCCCUCCAUCCAAUCCGGGUGGCAGCAGCAGCAGCAGCAGCAGCAGCAGCCUCUUGCACCUCCUUCUCUCCCUCCUCCUCCUCCUCCUCCUCCACCUCCUCCGUUGAGGUUUCUGGAGAAAGAAGAGCUUCCCGAGUCCUCUUCUUCCGAUGAUGAUAAUUGUAAUGAGUACUUGAUACAACACAACUCUCAGAAGCGACUUAGAGUGCAAGAAGAAGACCACACCACAGCUCUUCAGCAUUCUGAGGAAGCGGGUGGAAGGAUGAAGGUCGCAGAAGUCACGGACACAAGACCAAGCUUGGGCAACACAAACAAGAAAAAGCAAGGGCGUGGUAGAGGGCGUCCUGCAACGGGCAGGGGACGUGCUUCAAAGAUUACUGAUCAAACACUAUCCUCACCAGCCUCCACAACAAUCACAUCGAAUGGACACUUGGACAAGCCGACCAACAAGGAAUUUCGGUCGAGUGUCCAGCUUGGCAAUGAUGAGAGGGCUGCUUUGCAGGAGGAGAUAUCCUUGUUACGUAGAAGAAUUGGGUUGCUGGAGGAGGAGCUGAAAAAAUCACGCCAAGAAGCUGCCAAUCAUCAUCGUCUCUGUUCCCAGUUAGAAAAGGAAUUGAAGGAUCUUAAAGAGCAUGAUCAACAGGUGAAGACAAAGAGAAUUAAAGUCCUAUCUGAGCUGCUGAUAGCUGUAUCAAAAGCAGAGAGGCAAGAAGCAAGAAUGAGGGUCAGACAAGAAUCUUUUCGGCUAGGCAAUGUUGGUGUUAUGAGAGCUGGAACUGUUAUAUCUGAGACAUGGGAGGAUGGGCAAGCAAUAAAGGAUCUUAAUACUCAUCUUAAAUCUUUGUUGGAGACGAAAGAGGCUAUUGAAAGGCAUCGGAAAUCACUUAAAAAACGACAACCAGAUAAGGGCGAAAGCAGCGAUGUUGAAACUGGCAUGUCUGAAGAAGAUUUCCUUAUACAGGAUGAAAUUUGUAAAUCACGCCUAGCAAGCAUCAAACGUGAGGAGGAAAGUUAUUUCAGGGAAAGGGAACGUUAUGAAUUGGAAAAGGGAAGGCUUAUACGUGAAAUGAAGCGCUUAAGAGAUGAGGAUGGAUCACGCUUUAACAAUUUCCAAAUUCUUAACCAUCGAUAUGCUCUUUUAAAUCUUCUUGGGAAGGGAGGGUUUAGUGAGGUUUACAAGGCAUUUGAUUUGGUGGAGUAUAGAUACGUAGCUUGUAAGCUUCAUGGUUUGAAUGCUCAAUGGAGUGAACAGAAGAAGCAAAGUUAUAUACGCCAUGCUAUUCGAGAAUACAACAUUCAUAAGACCUUGGUGCAUCCUAAUAUCGUUCGGCUAUGGGAUAUCUUUGAGAUUGACCAAAACACCUUUUGUACCAUUUUAGAGUACUGCGGCGGGAAAGACCUUGAUGCAGUCCUUAAAUCAACACCUAUUCUUCCUGAAAAGGAAGCUAGAAUUAUAAUCUUUCAGAUAUUUCAAGGCCUUGUCUAUCUCAAUAAGAGACCUCAAAAGAUCAUUCAUUAUGAUCUGAAGCCUGGGAAUGUUCUCUUUGAUGAGGUUGGUGUGUCAAAAGUGACAGAUUUUGGACUAAGCAAGAUAGUGGAAGAUGAUGUUGGAUCUCAGGGUAUGGAACUAACUUCUCAGGGGGCUGGAACAUACUGGUAUUUGCCCCCAGAAUGCUUUGAUCUUAGCAAGACACCGCUAAUUUCAUCAAAGGUGGAUGUUUGGUCAGCUGGUGUAAUAUUGUAUCAGAUGCUCUUUGGUAAGCGCCCGUUUGGUCAUGACCAGACGCAAGAAAGAAUACUUCGUGAAGACACAAUUAUUAAUGCACGCAAAGUGGAUUUUCCACCAAAGCCUGCAGUGUCAAGUGAGGCAAAGGAGCUGAUUCGUCGCUGUUUGACAUAUAAUCAAGCGGAAAGGCCCGAUGUACUAACCAUUGCUCAAGAUCCUUAUCUCUCAUAUUCAAAGAGGUAGGGAAAUGCUGAUCCCUUCGGCAUAUAUAUAAUAGUAUAUAUAUUGAGAAAGAGAGAAUAGGCAAAAGCCAUUUUCUGUAGAUGUUGUAAAUUGUGUUCUUCAUAAUUAGAAAAUAUUCUGAUCAACAAUUUAUUUCGUCUCUUUUGUUAGUAAUAUAAAUGAGACAAUGUUUCAAGAGGGAAACAAUUUGUGUAAAGAUGCUGCCGAAAGGAGGCUAAAGCAGUAUGGUUGGUUUUAAGCUA